AUGGAAAAAUUCCUUUUUUACCUGUUUCUCAUUGGCAUAGCUGUGCGAGCUCAGAUCUGUCCAAAGCGUUGUGUCUGUCAGAUUUUGUCUCCUAAUCUUGCAACUCUUUGUGCCAAGAAAGGGCUUCUGUUUGUUCCACCAAACAUUGACAGAAGAACUGUGGAACUACGGUUGGCAGACAACUUUGUUACAAACAUCAAGAGGAAAGAUUUCGCCAAUAUGACCAGCUUGGUGGACCUGACUCUAUCCAGGAAUACAAUAAGUUUUAUUACACCCCAUGCUUUUGCUGAUCUACGAAAUUUGAGAGCAUUGCAUUUGAAUAGCAACAGAUUGACUAAAAUUACAAAUGAUAUGUUCAGUGGGCUUUCCAAUCUCCAUCAUUUGAUAUUGAACAACAAUCAGCUGACUUUAAUUUCUUCCACAGCAUUCGACGACGUUUUUGCUCUGGAGGAGCUGGACCUGUCCUAUAAUAAUCUAGAAACGAUCCCCUGGGAUGCUGUAGAGAAGAUGGUGAGCUUGCACACUCUUAGUUUGGAUCAUAACAUGAUUGACAACAUUCCUAAGGGAACUUUCUCCCACUUGCACAAGAUGACUCGACUAGAUGUAACGUCGAAUAAAUUGCAAAAGCUGCCCCCUGACCCUCUCUUUCAGCGAGCCCAGGUGCUGGCCACCUCAGGAAUCAUAAGCCCAUCGACUUUUGCAUUGAGUUUUGGUGGAAACCCCUUACACUGCAAUUGCGAGUUGUUGUGGCUGAGGCGAUUGUCCAGAGAAGAUGACCUCGAGACCUGUGCUUCUCCUCCACUUUUAACUGGCCGUUAUUUUUGGUCAAUUCCUGAGGAAGAGUUUUUGUGUGAGCCUCCACUCAUUACGCGGCAUACACAUGAGAUGAGAGUCUUGGAGGGUCAAAGGGCAACGCUGAGGUGCAAAGCUAGAGGAGACCCUGAACCUGCCAUUCACUGGAUUUCUCCUGAAGGGAAACUUAUUUCAAAUGCAACAAGAUCUCUGGUGUAUGACAAUGGAACACUUGACAUCCUUAUAACAACGGUAAAAGAUACAGGUGCUUUUACCUGUAUUGCUUCCAAUCCUGCAGGGGAAGCAACACAAACCGUGGAUCUUCAUAUAAUUAAACUCCCUCACCUACUAAACAGUACCAAUCAUAUCCACGAGCCUGAUCCUGGUUCUUCAGAUAUCUCCACUUCUACUAAGUCAGGUUCAAAUGCUAGCAGUAGCAAUGGUGAUACUAAAAUGAGCCAAGACAAAAUUGUGGUGGCAGAAGCAACUUCAUCAACAGCACUACUUAAAUUUAAUUUUCAAAGAAAUAUUCCAGGAAUUCGUAUGUUUCAAAUCCAGUACAAUGGUACUUAUGAUGACACCCUUGUUUACAGAAUGAUACCUCCUACGAGCAAAACAUUUCUGGUCAAUAAUCUGGCUUCUGGAACUAUGUAUGACUUGUGUGUGUUGGCCAUAUAUGAUGAUGGCAUCACUUCCCUCACUGCCACAAGAGUCGUGGGCUGCAUCCAGUUUACUACGGAACAGGAUUACGUCCGUUGCCACUUUAUGCAGUCCCAGUUUUUGGGCGGAACCAUGAUUAUUAUCAUUGGUGGAAUCAUUGUUGCAUCUGUGUUGGUUUUCAUCAUCAUACUAAUGAUCCGGUAUAAGGUCUGUAACAAUAAUGGGCAGCACAAGGUCACCAAGGUUAGCAACGUUUAUUCUCAAACUAAUGGGGCUCAGAUGCAAGGGUGCAGUGUCACACUGCCCCAGUCCAUGUCCAAACAAGCCAUGGGCCACGAAGAGAAUGCUCAGUGCUGUAAAGUUGCUAGUGACAAUGUAAUUCAGUCUUCAGAUACAUGUUCGAGCCAGGACUCCUCCACCGCUACCUCUGCUUUGCCUCCUACCUGGACUUCAAGUGCAUCUGUGUCUCAAAAGCAGAAACGAAAGACUGGCACGAAGCCAAGUGCUGAGCCGCAGAGCGAAGCUGUCACAAAUGUUGAGUCCCAGAACACUAACAGGAACAACUCAACUGCCUUGCAGUUAGCUAGCUGCCCUCCUGCUUCUGUCACAGAGGGGCCCACAUCUCAAAGAGCACAAACCAAGCCAAAUGCUUUGCUGACUAAUGUUGACCAGAAUGUCCAGGAAACACAGGUGAGAAGCUUAUUCAUUGCUAUUUACUUCAAAAAAAACCAGAGAGAUUUGCUAUUGUAUACAUGA